CAAUAAACAUGUCAUUGUCCGUGUCUGGAUCGACAACUGGUAAAACAACAAAAGUUUCAAGCACAUCAUCGACUGUCACCUCGUCCAAAACAAUAACCGUUUCAAAAAAGAAACUUCAGGAAGUGUGUUAAGAAGUCUAACCCGCACACAAAAAGAGCAUUUUCCAAUUUUGCUAUCGAUAAUUUGGUUUGCGUAUAUUGAUUGCCGUUUUUGAAAGAAUUUCCGCGAAAGGCUUGUAUUGAUUAUUUUAACCUGCGUCUUCGAAAUGAAUGGGCAAACAAUACCAUCCGUGGAGUCAGAUGUCAUUGUGAGCGACGGUGAAAAUAUCCGAUAUGGUGAGAAGAAAAAAUUGUCACUCACAUUACCACUGUUGAAUGUGAUCGUAACGAAUGCGGUCAACGAAGAGGGACAGGAUGACACCACCGUUGCUGUCAAACAAAAAGCCGCUGGUGAAAAAAUGGCGGCCAAUGAUUCGGUCAAAUUGGAAGUGACCGGCGUGGAUGGUGGCAGUGGUAGCACUAGCAGCGGUGAAUCGAGUAAAAUGAAAAAGAUCUACGAAUCCGACGAUACAUUCAUUCAAGCGAUAUUUUCGCAAACGAUCAAAUCAACAACCGCAACACCAACGGACGAUGAACCCAGCCAAGAUUUUGGUGAAGCAUUCAAGCAAUCAUCAACGAAAACCAGUCAAGAUGACAAUGAUGCAGAAACCGAUACAGUUGCUAUUGCUACCUCAGAUAAAAUUGAACAUGUUCCAACUGAUGAUCAGUCUGAAUCGACCAGUAAAGAACCAGCCGCAAUCUAUACAUAUUUUCAUCAAACAAUCGAAGAAGAUGAUUCACCCGAUGAUUUAGAUAAGACUACAAUCGAUUUAGAUUUAGAUGUUAAUGAUACCUCUGGCGCCGCCGCCACCGCAGCCGCUGUAACCUCUAACCCAAUUCCCAUACUAACCACCACCAUUUAUACACAUACAAUGGACGAUGAUAAUAAAACUCAAAUCAAUAUUUGCACGGAAGUGAAAGAGACCGAAUUUAGUGAUGAAAAAGAUUGUGGCGGUGGCGGUGCAUCGUGCGAUAAUAGCUUGAAUAAUACAUCCACCGCAUUCGCAUCGAAUGAAGCAAUCAGCGAACAAUCGGAACACAGUCUAACCCAACUAAACAGUUUAGAAUCCGAUCAAAGCGAUUCUCAAAAUGGCGAUGAGCAAAUCAUUGUAACAACCGAAAAAACAUCCAUAGAAAAAUCAGGACACAAAAAGAAAUCAUCGUCAGGUGAUCACAGUGAUAGCACGAAAAAUGGCACCGAAAAAAAGAAGAAAAGUAAAAAAUCCAAAAAGUCCACCAAUGAUGAAAAGGAAAAUAUUUCUGUUAGAUCAAGCUUUAGUAAAUUUGAUGCAUUGCAAAAGCAAAACAUGAAAAAUGUACGCACUGAUGAAGGUGUCAAAUUGAAUGGAUCGACGGAAGGGGACAAAACAUGCCGAUCAUGUGGAAAAAUCGUAUACAAAAUGGAGGAGAUAAAAGCGGAGAAAAGUGUCUGGCACAAGAAUAAAUGUUUCAAAUGCAGUCAAUGCAGCAAACCUCUAAGUGUCGACACAUUUGAAAGCCAUGAAGGUGUUUUGUACUGUAAGCUCCAUUUCAAAUCGCUAUUCAGUCCAAAAGCUGUCGAAGAUUCUGAACCAGAAGAACCGCGAAAACCCGAACUGAUUAUUCGUGAAAGUCAACCGGUCGAACUUCCACCGGAUGUGGUUCGUUCAUCGGAUAAAAAUGAUUUGGGAUUGAGUGAGCUGCAUCAAUUGAAUGUAAAAGAGCGGUAUAAUAUUUUUGAGCAUGCCAAAAAGGAUGAGCCACAUCAUAUGUUGGAUCGUGAAGAGCGUGUGCUGAAACGUGGCAAUACGGUUCUAUCAAAAUUGGCCAAAUUCAAAGCCAAAGGAAUGGAUGUGGGUGAUGCUGAAGCUAAUUUAGCCGCUGACGAUAAAUCCGAUGAUGAUGAAGCACACAAUGAAGAUGGUGAAGAUAUCGAUCUGAUUCGUGCCAGAGAAGCACAAAUCGAACGACCAAUAUGCACCGUCAAUAUGGACGAUAUCAAGAGCAAAUUCGAAUCGGGUCAUUCGCAAUCGAGAGAAGAACGACGCGAAGAACGCAAACAAGAGAUACAAAGUAUUCGAUCGCGAUUAUUUAUGGGAAAACAAGCGAAAAUAAAAGAAAUGUACCAGCAAGCGGUAGCCGACAGUGAACAAUGUGUACGUGCCAGCAAUAAAAAACCAGAUGUUGACAUUGGCGAUAAAGCACGUUCGAUCAAAAGCAAAUUCGAAAAUGGAGAGGUGUUUAAAGACGAACAAAGCCAUUUGAAUCAGAUUGAUGAUAGCGCUGUAUUUGAGCAUGGUCUUGGCAAGCAAUCCCGUUCGAUUUUCAUGGAAAUUGAUGCAAAGGCGUCCGCAUCACCGCAACACACACCGUCAUCACCGGGACCAACAUCCUCCGCCAAGCGAAUAAAUCCAGUUUGGCCGCCCGAACAAAAAGAAAAUACAAAUGGCGCUGACGUUGUGAAAUAUGAUGAAAAAAUUGACGAGGUAAAAAUUAAAACGGCCGACAUUUCGAAUAAAUUCAAAUUUUUCGAAACAUACAAACCGGAAAGUAAAGAAAAGCGACCAUUUCGAAUGACACCACCAAGAGACGGUGUUGUACCACAAAACAACAAUGAUGACAACGACGAUGAUGAUGCUGCUGCGGCUGAAACACCCGCGAACGUUAAUAAUAUGUACGUUGAUGUAUCACAUAAUGCGGCACAAAGAAGUUCGACCACCACAAAGAUGUUGUCGGUGUUUCGGCAAAUGGAAGAAGAUGUGCGCGGUAAUCGGAACAAUCAAGGCGGUAUGAAACCAUUGAAAUGCUUUACACCCCCGCCAGACGAUGGCCGCCGUAUGAUUGAUAGCCGAAAUAGUCGAUCGGGCAGUGAAUACAGCGAUUCGGAGGGGGAAAGCGGCGACGAAGACAAUGAAUCGGACAGCGAUGAUGACAACAAUCAACGUCCCAUGGACGAAGCAUUGCAGCAAGCACAGGCAGCAGCCCGUGCCAAACAAUUACGUGCCAAAUUUGAGAAAUGGGAACAAAAAGAAAUCAAACGUGAACAAGACCAACUGUAUGAUGGCGAAGAUCAAUCGCAGAUCGACACCAGAUGCAUUCGAGCCAAGUUUGAAUCAUUGCGAAAUGCACCGUCUUCGCCCAGUCGUGAGAAGAUACAGGUCAACAGAUUUGUGGUAAAUUAAUAUUUCUUCUCCUCAAGUCCAUCCGCCAUCAUCAUCCAUUCACUCUUCUUCUCCUCGUUUACAACGAUUCAUUCUUUUUUUUCUAAUGUCCAUUCUAUUCCUUUUCUUCUUCUUUUUUCCCCUCUCUCUCUCUAAUUGUUUUUCCACAGUAAUCUAUCACUUUGGAUGUCAUGUGCAGUGUAUACUUCAAUUUUCGUUGUUGUCUAUAUCAAAGAGUGUUGAACAGAGAAGAAAGAAGCAGCAAAAAAAAACUUAUACAUUAUACGGAUAUAUAACAAGCAAACAAAAAAAAAACAGAAAACUUGGCACACAAACGAAUUUCACAGAAAAAACGUCUCACCGAUUUGAAUACAAAUCUUCGAGUGGCAGAAAAAAAAUCGGGAGCAAAGGAUAAGAAGAAAAAACAAUUUUUUUUGUUGAUGUUGAGAGAUUCAACUGGCACUGUAACAACCUAGUAAAAAGGAUAAUUUAUUUUAACUUUAUUAGACUAUUUGUUUUGUAUCCAUUCGACAGCAAUCUAUUCGUGUACAUGUUUUCUUAUGAUGCAAUAAAAAAAAACGUAGCUGUUAAAACAAUAAAACUGAAAUAAAAACUGAUAACUCAAA